AAACAAAUGCUUUAAAUACCACAACGAUAUGUCCGGCGCUAACUUUCACGACGCGAUGACUGUUUGCGAGCACUUCUACGGCGCGACUCUCGUUACCAUUCAUUCGGCCGAAGAGUUUGACUUUGUUCACGGACUGGUCUUCACAGAAAUGCGCGCAAAGUAUUCGGUUUGGAUCGGUUUGAUCCGUGUCUCCAACGAAUCCUUUGUAUGGUUUGACAGAAGUCCUCUUAAUUACACAAAUUGGGGACCAAAUGAGCCAAACAAUUGGUUCUCGAAGAACUACUGCACAGUAAUGAGUUCUGCGGCGCCGGCAAUGGGCAAGUGGUUUGACGUCGGCUGUACCACAACUUAC